AUGACCGUGGCAGCUGGCAAGAGUGGCACCAGCGCUGCAGCAUUCUUUGCGGUGAUCAUGGUGAUCGCGACGGCCCAGGACUCAUUGCGUUUUGCUACAAACUAUAUUUUACCGCUACCUGUCUCUGGGAAUGCUGUGACCGCCUCUUCAAAAUCAGUGGUGCUAUUGUUCGUUGUGGUGGAGAAGGGCAACGAUGUGGCGAAGCUCAUGAUAACCGAGACGCUCAAAAAGACCACCGACGCAGUCCUGACCUACUCUCUUGUUGAACUAGACCCGGAAGAAGUGAAUGUCGCUGAUGUGUGCAACGCCAUCUUCGCCGAUCCGAGGCCGGACGUGCUCAUUGACGCCGUGCGCACCCCGGGCAGCACAGUGGAGAAGCUGUCGACAGCGGUGCGCGACACGGCACGUCGCAUGGGGCUGCCCACGCUUAGCCUCACAUAUGGCGUGCACAACGACUACACACUCAGCGGCUGGGAUCGACUCACGGCACUCGAGCGAGAAUACCUCGUUCACAUAACACCACCAGGAGACAUCUACACGCAAGUGAUUCGCGACCUCUGUAAGCAGAUGGACCUCGCUACCGCUGGCAUCAUCUACGACAGUAGCGUCAUCAUCGACCACAAGUACGCCCGACUGCUGGAGAACAUACCGACACGACACAUCAUGAGGGAGGUGGACGGCACCAAGGAGGACUUCAAGAGAAAAGCGGAGCUCAUUCACUCCACGGACGUGGCGAACUUCUUCAUUCUUGGCCGCGCCGACACGAUGAACCAAGCCUUGGAGCUGGCUAACAGAAACAAGUGGAACAACUGGCAGUUUGCUUGGUUCCUUAUCUCAAGGGAGAACUACCGACCCAGAUGUACUGAGUGCAACAACGUCACCUUCAUCACAGCUACGCCGGAGCCGACCAACGAUGACCUACUGGCAGAAGCCAAGAAAGACAAGGACUUCGACGUUCAAAGAGAACAGGUUGACGCGGCCUUCUACAUCGACGUCACGAGGAUGAUCAUCCGAGCAGCUAGCCAAGAGAGAGCGAGCAGAAGGCUUCCACCCGACCUGGAACACCCAACGUGCACCAACAUGAAUCUUACCAGUUCCAUGCUGAUGGCUCGCCGGAACAUCACACUCAGAACGACGAUGAUGGAGAUGCAGUACGUGGGACCGUUCGGGCCCGUCGUGAUACGAGAAAGGGAAAACGGGUACCAAGAGAUCAGGAUGUCCGUACAGAAGGUCAAUAUCCCACGGAGGCCAAAAAGGACGACUUUCACCACGGUUGCAAACUGGACGUACAAAGACCCAGACGGAGUGCUGGUGGAAAGCCCGGGAGAGGAUAUGAAAAAGUAUGCUGCGGUCACAGUGUUUCGAGUUACCACAAUCGUCCAACCACCGUUCAUUGUCAAAAAGAACACCAGCAAUGGAGAAGACGAGUUUGAGGGCUACUGCAUUGACUUAAUUGACGAAAUCAAGAAGAUACUGAAAUUCGAGUACACCAUCUACGAAGUACAGGACAAGAUGUUUGGCUCCAUCAACACCACUACUAAACAAUGGAACGGAAUGAUCCGGGAGCUGGUCGACAAGAACGCUGACAUCGCUCUGGGGCCAAUUUCGGUUAUGGCCGAGCGAGAAACAGUGGUGGACUUCACAGUGCCCUACUACGACCUGGUGGGUAUCUCCAUUCUCAUGAAGAAACCCGAAGUGAAGUCUUCGCUUUUCAAGUUCCUCACUGUGCUCGAAGGAAACGUCUGGGGAUGCAUCCUGGCUGCCUACUUUUUCACAAGCUUCCUCAUGUACCUUUUCGAUCGGCUGAGUCCAUACAGCUACCGAAACAACAAGGAGAAAUACAAGGACGAUGAGGAGAAACGUGACUUCAACCUGAAGGAGUGCCUCUGGUUCUGCAUGACGUCAUUGACACCUCAGGGUGGUGGCGAGGCACCUCGCAACCUUUCUGGACGUCUGGUUGCAGCGACUUGGUGGUUGUUUGGCUUCAUCAUCAUUGCAUCCUACACGGCCAAUCUGGCCGCCUUCCUGACUGUGUCGCGACUCGACUCACCCAUUGAGUCUCUUGAUGACCUCGCCAAGCAGUACAAGAUCAAGUAUGCGCCUCAAAAAGACACGUCUUCGAUGACGUACUUCGAGCGCAUGGCCUACAUAGAGUCCAAGUUCUAUGACAUCUGGAAGAACAUGUCCUUAGAUGAUACCCUGAGUGACGAGGAGAGAGCAAAGCUGGCUGUAUGGGAUUACCCCGUGAGUGACAAAUACACCAAGAUAUGGUGGACCAUGCAAGAAGCCAACAUGCCCAUAGAAUUUGAGGAAGGUGUGCGAAGGGUAAAAGAGUCUAAGGGCUCGCAGGAAGGAUUCGCCUUCAUCGCGGAUUCGACCCGAGUUAAGUACGCCACAAUGACUAACUGUGACCUCGUGUCUGUGGGCAGUGAAUUCAGCAGAAAGCCGUUGGCACUGGCCGUUCAACAGAACUCACCCUUGAAGGACCAACUCUCCAGCGCAAUCCUUAAGUUGCUCAACCAACGUCGCCUGGAAGGUCUGAAGGAAACCUGGUGGAACAAGAACCCCGCCCGUGUUACUUGUGACGACAGCGAGCGUCAGAGUGAUGGCAUCAGUAUCCGUAAUAUCGGUGGAGUCUUCAUUGUCAUCUUCAUCGGCGUUGUCAUGGCCUGCAUCACCCUGGCCAUAGAAUAUUGCUACUACAAGAACCGCAAACCUAACAGCAAGGUGGUCGCUGUCAAGGAAUAUUCUGGCAAAGAUUCUAUCAAAGAUUCCAUCAAGCACUAGUAGCGUUCAACUAAGUGUACCAUGAUGUAGCUUGCUUAAUAAGCUGUACUAAGGUCAAUAUAUCUACCUAUUUGUUAGAAACAAUGAGUGAAGAUAUAUUGUUCAAAAGCACUCCGAGUUCAAGUGUUUAUGUGCUAAAUGAACCAGUAAAAUAAGCCAAAUUCUAUCAUUUCAACUAUUCUUAAAUGUUUUGCUUAAACAUACAUUGAGCGGAAAUGUGCUGAAUGGUCCCUCUCUCUCAAGUUAAGAUUCUUUUGAGCAACAAUUCAAGAAAAAAGUUACAGAGCAGCCAGUGAUUGUGUCAGAUGCUGGCGUAAAGUGGCCAGACAUUGCAAUAAGAUGGGGU